AUGAAAGGCAGGCAUCAAUUCCGACGCCGUUUCAGCUUACAGCCAUCGUUUCUGAAAGAAGAGUCCGAAGAAGAGAGAAGACCGCACAGACCAGAGAGAACGGAACAUACUGUAACAUCAAGCAGUGGAAAUCUAGCUAAUAAUGCAGUCAGACACAAAAUAGUCGUCAUGGGUGCAGCAAAAGUCGGCAAAUCAUCAUUAAUAUGCCAAUUCUUAUACAACACGUUCUCACCAAAAUACAAGCGAACCAUAGAGGAAAUGCAUCAUGGAGAUUUCAACGUAGCUGGAGUUAGAUUAACACUAGAUAUUUUGGAUACUUCUGGGGCUUACGAAUUCCCAGCUAUGCGCGCUCUGUCUAUGCAAUCUGCUGACGCAUUUAUACUGGUUUAUGAUGUCACAGACGCAAACAGCUUCGCUGAAGUUCGGGCGCUUAGGGAUCAAAUUCAUGAAACUAAAGAAAGUACCGCAGUACCCAUAGUUGUUGUCGGAAAUAAAGUAGACCUGGCGGAGUCUGGGGAGAGAGAGGUGGAAUUUCAUACCACAGAGUCCGUCGUAACAGUGGAUUGGGAAAACGGAUUCGUAGAGGCAUCUGCUAAAGAUAACAUCAAUGUUUCUCAAAUAUUUAAAGAACUGUUGGUGCAGGCUAAGGUCAAAUAUAAUUUAUCACCAGCUUUACGGCGACGACGACGACAGAGUCUACCGACUGGACCUCAGGGUCCUCCAGGUUCCAGUCCAUCGCCGUCUUCAAACCCGCCUCAUGUCCCUUCACCGGCACAACUUGCUCAUUUGCAACAGAUCAGAGAGCGUCACGCCAAUAGCAAACGCAAUUCAUGUGUCAUUUCCUAA